GGCAGUUUGCCGGCGAGGAUGCUGGACCGCGGUGGUGGUCCGCAACCUGUCUCGAGCUCUUUGCCAACCAGACUUUCGCCUUGACGACUUGAACUAUUUGAUGGUGCUAUCAGACAGUCCUUGGCUAGCGGGACAAGUGGCACGCACCUCCGGUCAAGCAAUGGAUUUUGGGAUUCGGCAGAGACAAGUUCGUUACAUGAGUCACAUUUCAGGUCGUGGUUCUUGAUCUGGAGAAAACCGGUUGUUCUGAGCGUAGGUAAAGACAUUCUCGGUACACAUGAAAGUCACUUUCAUCGUAUAUCUGUGACUCUAAGAUCUCAUCACACCUCAGCUAUACAUCAUUAAACAGGAUGUCAGCGACAAAAUUGGAAACUCUGACUCUCGUCAGGCUGCCUGAACCUUGGAAAACAACAUACGAGAUCCGCAUUUCGAAGCACGUGAAACCUGUACCCUUACUCAACCUCACCCUCUCCCAUAAACAAUUGCCUGAUUCCAGAUCACCACCAGAGCCACUUCAUCUCGAGUCACUGAGAUUCAGCGAUCUGAUUUCGGAGUCGAAUGUGUUAACUCCUCAGCCUGGUGACAACUCUUCCUGGGCACGUUUCCACCAGUCUCCCCUUUCUCGCCUCUCAUGGGAUGAAGCAGUUGUGCCCAGUGUUGGCCAGAUAUGGAAUCUGAUCUACUCUAUCGUGACACUAUAUCCGGAGCUGGAGGACUUCCGCCUUGAGCUCACAGGCAACAGUCAUGCGACAUUGACUGAAGUACUGAUAGCAACUGGUCUGGCCAGCCCACCACCAAAAGCUACACGAUCUGAACAACCAACCUUGCCAACGUCAAAGGUCUCUCAGAUCUGGAUAUCGCGGUCGGCAUUCUGGCAAGGGGCUGCAUCGCCGUUCGGCACUCGUCCAGCGUGGGUCGCACAUCCAGAUUUGUUUGGGCAUCUUUCCACGGCGUUGACAUUGAGUCCGGCUUUUCCUUGUCAGUAUACCGUGACAUUCUCUCUUGAAGGGCGGCCUGUUCAUGCACAGCACCCCAUACGGCCACCCAAGCCAGCACACAAUGCCGUGAUUUACAGUCGCUACAUUCCCCAUCUCGACGAGUUCUUCUCGAUGGUCCACCUUGACUGGAGAAAUGAAGAGCACCUGCGACUGUUCCACGAGUGGCAGAACGAUCCUCGCGUAUCAGCAGGUUGGAAUGAGACCGGAUCACUAGAGCAGCAUCGCGAGUAUCUGCGCAAGAUCGAUGAGGACCCGCACCAAAUGGCGAUCUUGGCCAAGUUCGACGACACCUAUUUUGCCUACUUUGAGAUCUACUGGGCCAAGGAGGACCAUAUGGGUGUCUAUCUAUCUCCAGGAGCCGGUGACUGGGAUCGAGGUCGACAUUCCCUUGUCGGUGAUGUCCGAUUCCGAGGGCCACAGAGAGCUUCUGCUUGGUGGUCCAGCCUGAUCCAUUACUUGUUCCUUGACGAUCCGAGAACAGUGACUAUUGUUGGAGAGCCUAAGUAUACUAAUGCUAACGUCCUCGCAUACGAUAUGGACAACGGCUUUCACAUUCACAAAUUAGCCGACCUACCACAUAAACGCUCAGCAAUUGUGAGAUGCGAACGUAUUCGGUUUUUCCAGGUUGUAGGAUUCGGGCUACCAGCAUCAGCGGCCAAGAGCAAGGAUCGAAAAUCCAAAGACACUCUUGCAGUAGAUCAGCUCCCAAGAUCGAUACAGACUAUGGCACUGUCCGCAAAACUUUAGAUAAGUCUGCACACAUCCUGGCGAGAUUCUCUCUGUGUACAACUAUUACCAAGUAUCGUUGUGGGCGUAGGGCAUCUUGGGUCCGAGUGCAGACACUUGCGGGAGACUCCUUCAGCUGCUCAUGAGCAGCAUCCAUGUAUGUACAAGUAAUGAUUU